GGAGCAUCUGGACGCGGACACGGAUGCACAGCUUGAGUGGGGCACACUGGUCUGCACAUUCAGGGCAACCGCGCCCAUGUCGGUUUCUGGACCUCCUUUUGACUUGCACCAUUUACCAAGUUGAACAAGUCAUCAACAACAAGCUUGUGCACCACGUCGAUUUUGGUCCGCAGCUCUGGCAGGUCACAAAUGACUAUGUGCUAAGAUCUCUCUUCACCUUCAUCCUCAUUCGCUUGUCAGUACUGCAUCUCCUUCACAGGGCGCCAGGCGCCAUGGGACCAAGAGAAGCAUGGUACAAGAACAUCAUUCCAUUCUCGCAGUCUCACGGACCACAACGCUUCUUCCGGGCCGGACGGCAAAGUGAAGAGGAUGUCGCCUCAGAACUUCUGGCAGACGAUCCACUGAAUCCCUCCUUUCGGGAAGAAUACGAUCUUACUGAGGCUGUCAACGGACCAGCGUCUACGUCCUCCACGUGGAAACGGCCUUCCCAAACACUCUCCCUACGAUCCACAUACUGUUGGCUCGCGGUUGCAGCCAUAUUGUUGCUAUCCGCAGUAGCCUUUGCGUGGCAUCGAUGGUUAUCAAGCCCCGUAGAGGGCCUGGAUCGUGGGCUCCUGCCAUGCGGCCCACACGCCUCUUAUGCGGUCAACAACCACACCUGCACCAGUGGGGAUUUUCUAUGCCCCGUCGUUGAUUCUCGUAGGACCCUUCGCUGCGGGGAGUCUUGCUACUUGCCCACAGCUUACAGGUGCGUCAACAAUGAGUUGUCGCCGAUCACCACUAGUGCCUCUGACAGCAAUGGCCAAGGUGCAGCAAACAGCACAGUGGCCUGCGACUCAAAAUACCUUCACCUGAGCGAUGGUUUAUCCGAGAAUUAUUUCCUCUCCGAUUGCGGCAGCUCGAGCCAAGUGGUUGUGACCAGCCCGCUGCCCAAACAACAACGUGACCUUGGCAGCUCUCGACUUCUAGUCGCCUGGGCCGCUGGCAACAGUGGCUUCGUCAUGUAUUUCAAGCCACAGAGUCGUCCCAGAGACUCGGCGUCUAUGCGGCUGCGAGCGAAUCCCGGUCUUAACCGUACUCUUGAGCCACUGGUCAGUGGUGUGUCUGCCACGCUCGAGCUGGACGUGCCAACCAAGCUCGGUACAGUGAUUCUCGGCAGUAUCCGUUCCCUGCGCGAUUUCAUCGAGGGUGGUCGUUCGUUGGAUGACGAUGUCCAGAGUGGUCUCCACUACCAGCCUUUGGCUGCCGGCGGCGUAUUGAUCACUCGGCAGUGGCUGGAUCGGACAACGGAGACAUUCGUCACGAUUCGUCCCAGCGAGGGUAAUGAGGAUCAUAUAUCAGUAAGAAAAGGAGAUGUCACUCUACCGAGCGGCAGAUAUGAUCUACAGGCAUGGCACAACUACCCAUUCGUGGAAAACUUGGCAUCCGAUCUAGUGUUCAAAGCUCUGGACCAGAGUCCGUCGCAAGCUCCAGCUAGCGAUGCGGCUUCACUCUCCAUCUUGUCAUAUGGUGACAAGGUGGUCGCUGGCGCAUGGAAAUUCCUUACGUACUUUGGUCGCGACAGCCUCUUAUCGCUGCUUUUACUCCGGCCUGUAUUACAGGAGGGUCGAGGCAGCAUAGUUGAGGUGAUUCUCAGUGCUGCGAUCGAGCGAAUCAACACCGGAGAUGGCAGCGUCUGCCAUGAGGAAGUGGUCGGAGAUUAUGCUAGCCUGCUGCAUAAGCGACAAGGGGCAGUGUCCAACGAGCCUCUCUGCGACUACAAGAUGAUAGAUACAGACUAUCUACUAAUGAUAGCAUUGGAGGCUUACCUGGUGAGGUCGAAGAUUGGUAGAGGCCGAGCCAAGGACUUCCUCGCGACCACAGCCGAUUUCCUCGCGUCGAACGAGGGUGCGACAUACGGCGCUCUUGUCCAGAAGACAAUGGGCAAGAUCUUGCAGGCUACCGCCGCUUUCGAGCAGGAGCCAAUUCAAAGCAACCUCAUUCACCUACAUGAGAAAGAAGCUGUCGGGCAAUGGCGGGACAGCAGCGAUGGCCUGGGCGGGGGACGAACUCCAUAUGAUGUCAAUACUGCCCUUGUGCCGGCUGCUUUGAGAGCCAUCAGCUCGUUCUACGAGCACAACAUUCUUUCAGCCACGGCCCAAGAAGCCGGGUCUGUUUCGCGAAGAGCACAGUUUUGGGAAGACAACUCGCUUCAUUUCUUUGAAGUCGACAUCCUGCCGGAGAAAGCCAAUGCUCUGCUCGACGAAUACGUCAGUCGCAAUGACUACACGGGGCCAAAGACAAUAUCAAGACCGACAAGUAAUGUGAGAUUCCACGGAGUGGCAUUGCAGGCAGGCGGGCAGGGCUCGGUCGUGCCAGUCAUGAACAUAGACGACUGUUUUCGCCUCUUUCUCCUUGAUACCACCGACGACGAGCAGCUGUCAAAGUUCUUGCAGCAAACGGCAGACAACAUUCUAGCCCCUUUUCCUUUAGGCUUGUCAACGCCACUGGGUCUUGUAGUGUCCAAUCCAGCAUACUCGAGUGGCCCAGGACCAGCACGAGCCCUCACGACCGGAGCAUACCACGGGACCGUCAUCUGGAGCUGGCAGCUUGCCAUGCUGGCCGCUGGACUCGAACGCCAGUUGAACAGAUGUGAUAACGAGACACUGGGGUUUUGUAAGAACCGCGAGCUUCGCCAGCACGUGGAAAACGCAUACCACCACCUAUGGGAUCUCGUCGAUGCGAAUCGCGAGCAUGCUAACGAGGAAGUGUGGAGUUGGACUUAUGGUCCGGGAGAGGAGUUUCAUUAUGCACCUCUAGGCACACUCCCCAGUCCAGGUGGUGAGGCAGCUGUGGAGAGCAAUAUCCAGCAACUUUGGAGCUUGGCAUUUCUCGCAAUUCAACGGAACCGCAACUUUCCGCGAGCCAUGAGCCCACGCACAGCGGCCUUCGAUACGGUCGAGCUCCUGCUUUGA